CUGCAGCCUCAGUUUGACGUGAGUUACGGUAAAACAUGAUUACACAGAACGAAUGCAGGGGCCGAGCAAAUAAGAGUUCGAGACAGAGAAUAAACAAAGCCAAAGUGCAGUUUCUCUGAUUUAUCUUAUAAAAAGGUACAUCUCUCUUCGUCCAGUCUAUGCUUCUCUGUCUGUGCUUCAACCAGGAGAAGUUCACAAUGAUGAUGCGUGCAGCCGUGGGUCUCUGGGUCCUAUCAGCGGUGAUCUGCGUGGGCAGAGGCCAUCACCAUUUGGGUAACGACGACAACAAGACCGUCCAAGACACUGUAGUGGACAGCAGUGCCAACAGCAUCUCCCUGGUGAACGAAGCAAACAAAGAGUUCUCCUUCCGACUCUACAGGCAGUUAGCAGCUCAUGCUGACCCACAGGGAAAGAAUAUCUUCUUCUCCCCGGCUAGUGUGUCGGCCGCCUUGGCUGCGUUGUCCGUGGGAGCGCAGGGGGAGACGCACCGUCAGCUUUUCAGUGGUCUGGGUUUCAACAGCUCCCUUCUGACACAGACAGAUGUGGACCAGGCUUUCCAGACGUUGCUCCAGAGGGCCAACAACACAUCUCAGGACACCAGCGAAGGGACCGCCGUGUUCGUGGACGAUGAUUUCAAGCCUUUGCCGGAGUUCCUGCAGACCCUGAAGCAGUCGUACUUCGCAGAUGGGUUCAAUGUGGACUUCAGCCAAACCACAGAAAGUGCUGAUACCAUCAAUAAGUACGUGAAGGAGAAGACCAACGGGAAGAUUGACAAGCUGGUGGAAGACCUGGAUCAAAGCACAGUCAUGUAUCUCAUCAGCUAUAUCUACUACAAAGGAAAGUGGGCGACUCUGUUUGACCCUGAACUCACCAAACAGGACGACUUCAACGUGGACGAGAACACCACGGUUCAGGCUGUCAUGAUGAAUCUGGAGGAUAGUUUCCACAUCUAUCACGAACAGGAACUAAAGACAAUAGUCCUUCAGCUCCCCUUCAACAGCUCCUACUCCAUGCUGCUGAUGUUGCCUGACGUCAUGGCAACACUGGAGAACGCCAUCUCCCCGGACCACGUCACCAAAUGGUUGAAGGCUAUGGUAAAACGCAGGAGACUUGAUGUAUAUAUCCCAAAGUUCUCCAUCAAGACUUCCUACAAGCUGAACGAUGUGCUGUCAGAAAUAGGAAUGACAGACAUGUUUGUUCGUGCAGAUUUGAGAGGCAUUUCAGAGGAGCAAGGACUGGUAGUCUCAAAAGUUGUGCACCAAGCUACGCUGGACGUGGACGAGGCCGGAGCCACCGCUGCCGCCGCCACAGGCAUCGAAAUUAGUACAAGGUCUGGAGGUCUCUACUCGGCCCCUGUGUUGAAGUUCAAUCGUCCAUUCAUGGUGAUCAUCACUGAACGCAACACGGAGAAAAUCCUCUUCUUGGGAAAGAUUAUCAACCCAACCAUCUGAUGAUCAUCACUUUGUGUUUGCUCGAGCACAGCUGUUGCAUCUCAUAUAAAGGAGUCAGAAAAACCUUUGUUUUGUUGUCUCUUGCUUUAUUGAUUGAGUGUGUAGCAAACUAGGCUACUAGUCGCUGAAGUCAAAAUAAUGAAGGGAUAAAAUAUUAUAAACAGCCAUAAGCAUUUGGUAUUCAUUUAUACCAAACAUUAGCU